GGUCAUUUUAAUUCAAUGGGAACUUUCUCCAGAACAUCUGCGGCCGCCGUCGUUGCAUGGCUGGCGAUCUUCCAAUGGUGUCUAAUCGCCGUUAGCGGUCAAGUUUUUGACUACAAGGAAGCCCUCUCAAAAUCCCUCAUUUUCUUGGAAGCCCAAAGGUCUGGGAAACUCCCUCCUAAUCAUAGAGUCAAAUGGAGGGGAGAUUCCGCUCUUACGGAUGGACAAGAUGAACAUGUGGACCUUGUUGGAGGGUAUUACGACGCAGGAGACAAUGUCAAGUAUGGGUUGCCAAUGGCCUUCACGAUCACCACCCUUGCAUGGUCGGCCAUUGCUUACAGAGACGAACUUGAAGCUGCUGGGGAACUGGGAAAUGUUCAUGAGGCUAUUCGUUGGGGCACUGAUUAUUUUAUAAAAUGCGCUAGCAGGAAGAAUAAGCUUUUCGUUCAGGUUGGAGACCCUGUGGAAGAUCAUAAGUGCUGGGUACGACCGGAGAAUAUGAAGACACCAAGAACCGUGUUGCAGAUUAAUGAGAGCAGGCCUGGAACGGAGAUUGCAGCUGAAACUUCAGCCGCAAUGGCUGCUUCUUCUAUUGUCUUUAGAAACGUUGAUCUACAUUAUUCACAUUGCCUUCUUAACAAAGCCAAGUCGCUUUUCCAAUUUGCUGAGAAAAACAAGGGAACUUUCGAUGGAGAAUGCCCCUUCUAUUGCUCUUUCUCUGGAUAUCACGAUGAGUUGUUGUGGGCUGCCGGAUGGCUAUUCACUGCCACCCGUGACAAAAUCUAUUGGAAGUUCAUCACAGAAGAAGCACUGGAUGCGAUCGUGGAUGAGUUUAACUGGGACCUUAAAUAUGCUGGAAUCCAAGUCCUCCUUUCUGAGGCUUUCUUUCAAAGCCAUGAUGUGAUUUUGAAAUCCUUCAAGGACCAUGCCGACAGUUUCAUGUGCUCCGUUCUUCCCGAAAGUCCCUAUUUCAAGGUUCCGGAGACUCCAGGUGGUUUGAUUCACCUGAGAGAUGGAGCCAACCUUCAGUAUGUUACUGGAGAUGCUUUCCUCCUCAGUAUCUAUGGCAAUGUGCUUCGUCGUUACAAGGAAAAGGUCCAAUGCGGUGAUAAACAGUUUGAACCCCAACACCUCUGGGAUUUCGCCAAGAAGCAGAUAGACUACAUACUAGGGCAUAACCCACAAGGGAGAUCAUACAUGGUCGGGUUCGGGAAUAGUCCGCCUAGACAGGCGCACCACAGGGGUGCAUCGGUGCCGUUAUCGGAAGCUAACCUAGACAUCAACUGCGGCAUGAGCUUUGAGCGUUGGUUCAACAAGGAUCAACCAAACCCCAAUGAGUUAACGGGAGCCAUCCUUGGUGGACCUGAUAUGCAAGACAAGUUCAGUGAUCUACGUUGGACAUCGGUGUACACUGAGCCAUGCACUUAUGUCAACUCCUUAGCCGUCGCUGCUUUGGCUAAGCUUGUUAGCCCUAACGACCCAAAUUCUCUUAAAGCCAUUUGAACUUAUUUUCCCUUAACUUGCUUUGUUACUACUAUUUAUCAAAUA